AUGCGGUUUUCCAUUGCUAGGUUUCAGUCAACAUUAGGCGGAAACGCUAUGAUACAGCAAAAGUUCAGAGAUUCUAUGGCUCGCAUGGGCAGUCAGGCCAUGAUCCUAACUUCUGCCGACGAAAAUACCGUGCCACACACUUUGUUUCGAGGUGUAACCCUGAGCUCCGUAAGCUCGCUAUCUCUCAAACCUCAGCCUCUUCUGCAAUUCAAUUUACAGCUACCGUCUUUCACAUCUGAAGCCCUCCAUUUGCGCGAGUACUUUGCCAUACAUUUGUUGAAACCAGACGCAACAUCCAUGGCUCUGGCAAGGACGUUCAGCAAGGGUGCUAUGAAGCAUCAAGAAAGCGGAGAAAUCAUUCCAACACAACCUUUCAAAGAUCUUGAUGACACAGUGCACUACGACACCUACUCCUUGAAGCACAGCAGAUUGGUGGUACCCAUACUGACCAAUUCCGAAAGGGUUUUUAUAUGCAAGAAGAAAGAUGUAUUCAAGGUUGGGGACCACGAAAUAUGGGUGGGCAAGGUCAAGGAUAUCAUAGAAGGUUCAGAUAUUGGCACAGAAAUCACAGGUGGCCUCUUGUAUUGCAACAGAAAAUUCCAUAAGCUAGGCAGUGGUAUAGAGUGGACCGACAAAUUAGGAGAAUAG